AUGCUCAGUGGACCCCCACGGAUAGUUCCCUUUCUCUUCGUCUUCUUUGCUCUCUGCCUCAUCUGGUGGUAUUCCCACAACACACCGGGCGCUGGCUCGUCCUUGGCACCAUGGAAACCCGCGACUUCCCUCCAAGCCGACCGGCCAUCGUUGCGCGGUGAUCCACUCGACUUUGGCCUCCCCUUGCGCUUCUCGGAUGGCGUGGGCAAGCCGCCAGGCAGCAACUACACGUACAAGAUCAUUAUUCCCAAGACAAAGAAGGAGGAUAUUGGCUGGAUGGCUGAGGAGAUACCCGAUGCGCCGCUAGUUGUGUACGAAGUGGACAACCCCAAUGCGGUGCACAAGAUACCCAAGAACAAGGGCCGUGAGGCCAUGGUAUACCUUUCCUACAUAAUUGACCACUACGACGACCUUCCCGAUACAUCCAUCUUCAUGCAUGCCCACCGUCAUGCAUGGCACAACAACAUGCUCCUUGGCCUGGACGCGGCGCAAAUGAUCAAGCGCCUCAACCACGAGCGAGUGGCACGCCUAGGUUACAUGAACGUGCGCUGCCACCACGACCCCGGCUGCCCUGACUGGAUUCACAUGGACCGACCCGGCGGCGAUUUCGACUUCUUCCGCAAGCCCGAAGAGAUAUACUGGCGCAGGGCCAUCUGGGAGGAGAUUCACCCAGGCGCGCCAAUCCCACCAUCCAUAUCAGGAAUCUGCUGUGCGCAAUUCGCAGUGUCCAAACAGCGCAUACGCGAGGUGCCCAUCGAGCGCUUCAUCCACUACCGCAAGUGGCUGCUCACAACCGGCAUGGAUGACCAGUUCUCUGGCCGCAUCUUCGAAUACAUCUGGCAUUACAUAUUUACUGGCCACGAGGUGCACUGCCCAGCCCAGAACACCUGCUACUGCGACGGUUACGGCAUCUGUUUCGGCGGACGCCAAAAGUUCGAAGACUAUAUGAAGAAGCAGGACGCACGUAACGAAAAAUUCAAUCAACUGGACAAGUUCAGCCACAGGGAAGAAGACGCCAAGAAGGAUGGGAAAGAUCCUGACUUCACACAAGAAGAGUUGAAGAAGAUACUCGAUCUGAGAGUCGAAAUCAACUCCAUGGAUCGCGAACUAGACGCACUCAGGGAGGACGCAAAAAAGAGGGGCGAAGAUCCAAAAGCGAGAAAGGAGGAAACCGAGUCGUAUGAUUCCUCCCAUAUCUGGGAUUAUGCCCCACAUAACGACUAGGCUUGAGGGUAGAUCAAGUGGACUGUGCAAAAGCAGUCGACUUUCUUUUUCGUUCAAUGGAGCUACAUGCGGGGCGGGUGGCGUUCAUCUAGCGGUCUUCUAUCAUGGAUGUACAACUCAGGGAGGGCGUCGGGCAUGAGUAUAGAUAACUAGUUUGUUUUAAUUGACGACUUGAUGUGCAUAUAUGCACUUGAUUGUA